AAUGUUAACUGAUUAGCUUUCUUUUGUAUUCAUAAUUACCCAUUCCCUUCUCUCUCUUCUCAAUCAGAUCAGGUAUUCUUCGCCCCCAUUUUCACUCUCUAUCUCCAGUAUUUGUUGGAUCUGUCGAUUGCUAAUUCUCGAUUGAUUCUAAAGGUUUAUUGCUUACAGGUCUGAUCAUUCCAUUACAGCCACUCAAAUCUUGUUCUCUGUGUCAGUUUGCUGCAUCAACCAAGUUUCAUGUCUGAUCUUGAUAUCCAGAUUCCCACUACUUUUGAUCCUUUUACUGAUGCAAAUGCUGACAACUCUAGCACUGGGUCAAAGGAUUACGUACACAUUCGGGUACAGCAGCGGAAUGGUCGGAAAAGCCUGACAACUGUGCAGGGAUUGAAGAAGGAGUUUAGCUACAACAAAAUCUUGAAGGAUCUUAAGAAGGAGUUCUGCUGCAAUGGAACUGUUGUCCAGGAUCCAGAACUAGGCCAAGUUAUUCAACUCCAAGGUGAUCAGCGGAAGAACGUCUCUACUUUUCUUGUUCAGGCUGGAAUUGUGAAGAAGGACUAUAUCAAGAUUCAUGGUUUCUAAGCUGCAGUAGCAGCAUCCAUCCUUACGACCUAUUAUGAUAUGUGAAGUUUUAUAAGUGAACUUUGUUGUAUGCUCAAAUUCUUUAUAUAGUCGUUGUUACGUUAUAAGUGUCAUGUGUUAUGUUGAAUUAACUUUUCCGAUUGCUUAUGGAUUAAAGGAACAAAUGCAUUAUCUUUUUGAAUAGCA